AUGGAUAAGUACUCGGUUAUUUUGCCAACGUACAACGAGCGCAAAAACUUGCCAAUUAUCACAUACCUCAUUGCAAAGCACUUUGAGAAGGCUGGCUUGAACUGGGAAGUGAUCAUUGUCGACGACGCGUCUCCGGAUGGCACACAGGAUGUGGCUAAACAGUUGAUCAAUGUGUACGGUGCAGACCACAUCCAACUUAGAGCACGUGCUGGAAAGUUGGGACUGGGAACCGCAUACAUUCACGGACUGCAGUACGCCACCGGCAACUUUGUGAUCAUCAUGGACGCCGACUUCUCGCACCACCCUUCGGCCAUCCCUGAAUUCAUAAAGAAACAGAAAGAAGGAGAUUACGAUAUUGUCACGGGAACACGUUAUGCAGGCGACGGAGGCGUCUACGGUUGGGACUUGAAAAGAAAACUUAUCAGCCGUGGAGCCAACUUUCUGGCUACUGUGGUUCUUCGACCACAUGUCUCGGAUUUAACAGGUUCGUUCAGAUUAUACAAAAAGGAUGUGCUGGCUAAAAUUAUCGGCGCAACAAAGUCUAAAGGUUAUGUUUUCCAGAUGGAGAUGAUGGUGAGAGCCAGAGCAAUGGGAUUCAGCAUUGCUGAGGUGCCUAUCUCGUUCGUCGAUAGACUGUACGGAGAGUCCAAGCUUGGAGGAGAUGAGAUCAUUGGUUAUUUGAAAGGUGUGUGGAAUCUGUUCACCAGCGUUUAG